AUGGCUUGUGAUAAUAGAGUUCAGUCAGACAAUUACCGAGAACUGGCUUUUGCGGCCCGUUUAGCCGCACAACUUGCUGUCCCACAUCUGAAGGGUGUCACUUUUCAGUCAGUCAUCUGCAACUUUAUGUGGAAUUUGACAGAGCAGAAUUUGGAAAUGAUACAGGCAGCAUUAAGCUACCCGUUUUCCAGACAGCAAAUCUAUCAAAUGCUGACUUCCAUUGUAACAUCAGCUGCCACAGCUACAGCUGAUUUAAUACCAAAACUGUCUACGAUAGUAGGAAUGACUCCGUCUGCAGUUGUAAACUCAAACAGGCCUUCAUCGUCCUCAUCCACUGAGGAUAUUCAUCAGGACACAUCAGAAAGACCAGUGAUCCUGAAGAUGGAACAACUUCCGUAUGUGUAUCCGCUUGAAUCUCUUUUUGGGAUCACGGUGGAUGGCCUCCUCAGCAGCGCUGACUGCGAUUUCAGCGACUCUCUGGGCAAAGACAACUCGCGUUCCUCUGAACUCGCUGGUAUUGUGGUGGAGGAAGUUCUCCACCGGGUGAAUGUGGUGAUGCACAACAGCGUCCUGAAGAUCAACGCAGCCUCGUCACCAUGCUUCGUUUACUUCCGUCCUGACGAUUCCUGCACUGAUGUCGGGGAGUUACUGAUCAGUGGUGUCAUCCGAAAGCUGAGUGUUUUACACUGCCACAUCUCCCGCGCAGUGGCCACGACAGCCAUCGGCACGGUUCUUGCAGCAAUAGAAGGCAAACUCCCAUGCGCUCUCAGCCCGAGCCAUUGGGUGGAGGUCACAAGCAAUGUAAUUGACUUCAUUGUGGAGGAUGUCAUUAGCGCCUGGUCAAACAAUCCCACUGCAGCGUCUAGAACAUGGGAAACCGGGUCUGUCCCAGUCCUGCAGCUGACUUUUGAGUCGUCUGAGGGAGGAAUGUCACUCAUCCUGCUGGAGUCAAAUCAUCCCUCAGGCAGUGACAGGCCAAAGACCUCCUUAUUUGAUUCGUUGAUGACCGCUCUAUAUAUGUCGAAGUGCAGCGGUCACUUCAGCUCGCAGGACAACAGUUACACGGCCUCAGAGCGUCUGCAUCAAAGGCUCGCAGAUUUAAUGAACUGCGUCUUACGAUGCAAGACGAGUGUCUCGAAGGAGGUCAGAAUGGCAGCUAGAGACUUUCUCCAUUAUUUUGUGGAGGAACUCGUGCAGCGGCUUUUUGUGUCCUCGGCUUUCCCCCGUCCUGCAACGCUCCCUGAAAAUACUCCAGUGAUGCCCUUCAUCGUCGAAGAAGAGGAUUUCGGUCUGACGGUGGUGGAUCAUCUGACAGAGCUGCUGGUCGGUCAAGUUUUUGACUUGCUGGCGAAGAGAUUUCCAUCGAAUGAAUCUGUCAAGACUGAAGGGAAGAGUCAUGACGUGUCAAUACAGGAGGAUCUACCAGAACUGACCUUCAGAGAGAAGCUCAAGAUGAUGAAAUCAAACGUCCUUAAGAAGCAGAAUCCUUUCAGAUCCAAGGACAGAAAGACGAAGGAUGACGAUGAGGAAACAACAGAGGAGAACGCAGAUGGAAAUACAACAGCUCCAGAACCCAAAAAGAAGAAGUCAUUUUCAGGGUUCACGACUGCUCAGAAAGAGCCAACGGAGCCCCUAAAUAUAGUCACUGAGAGUCAUUAG